AUGGGCGGCCCGCGGGCCUGGGCGCUGCUCUGCCUCGCGCUCCUGCUCCCGGGGGGCGGCGCCGCGUGGGGCGUCGGGGGAGCCCCGUUCUCCGGACGCAGAAACUGGUGCUCGUACAUAGUGACCCGCACGAUCUCAUGCCACGUACAGAAUGGUACCUACCUUCAGCGAGUGCUGCAGAAUUGCCCCUGGCCCAUGAGCUGCCCAGGGAACAGCUACAGAACCGUGGUGAGACCCACGUACAAGGUGGUGUACAAGACGGUGACUGCUCGAGAGUGGAGGUGCUGCCCCGGGCACUCGGGGGCGAGCUGCGAGGAAGUUGCAGGCGCCUCUGGCUUCAUCGAGCCAGGGUGGUCAGGCAACACCAUGCGGCGGAUGGCGCUUCGGCCCACAGCCUUCUCAGGUUGUCUCAACUGCAGCAAAGUUUUGGAGCUGACUGAGCGGCUGAAGGUGCUGGAGGCCAAGGUAGCAGUGCUCACUGUCCCAGAGCAGGCAGUACCCCCAACCCCAGCUGCCCCUGAGGACCCUGCCCCACUCUGGGGCUCCCCAGCCAUCCAGGGUAGCCCCAGGGAUGGAGGCCUCCAAGGACUACCAGGAGCCAGAGAGAACUCCAGGGCCCCACUGCUCCCUCGAGAUGAUGGAGUUGGCAUCCAGGGGCUUCCUGGGCCCACUGGCCCCAAGGGAGACACUGGCAGUCAGGGCCCCAUGGGGAUAAGAGGCCCACCAGGUCCACAAGGCCCCCCAGGAAGCCCUGGCCAGGCUGGAGCUAUGGGCACCCCUGGAGAGAGGGGGCCUCCAGGCCCACCAGGGCCUCCUGGUCCCCCAGGUCCCCCUGCCCCUGUUGGACCACCCCACACCCAGAUCGCCCAGCAUGGUGACCCAUUGCUGUCUAAUACCUUUACUGAGACCAGCAGCCACUGGCCCCAGGGACCUGCUGGGCCCUCAGGCCCCCCAGGGCCCAUAGGUCCCCCUGGACCUCCUGGCCCUAUGGGCAUCCCUGGGAGUCCUGGACUUAUUGGACCCCCAGGCCCCAGUGGACCCAAAGGAAUCUCUGGCCACCCAGGACAGAAGGGUGAGAAAGGACUGCAUGGGGAACCUGGCCCCCAAGGAUCCCCAGGACAGCGGGGAGAACCUGGUCCCAAAGGAGACCCUGGUGAGAGGGGCCAUUGGAACCAGAAGGGUCGGGGACAGGCCCUGCCAGCACAGACACCCCCAGCCUCCUGCGGGGCAAGAGGGGAAGACACACAGCCAACUACCGGAUUGUGGCCCCCAGGAGCCACCACGAGAGAGGCUGAGGGUGGUGGUGGCCCCUCAGGGUGGGCCAGGCCAAGCUUCCAUGCCCAGCCUGAACUUGGCCAGCUGCCUCCCAGGACUGCCCAUCCCUAUUUAUUAAUCUCCUCAGGGUCCCUUCUGCCAUCUAGGCCUGUGGGGUAAACAGAUUGGUUCUGGCAUCCUGGACGCAUCUGCUCCUGCCUCAUAUGAGGGAGAUCAUGGACUGACGCCUGAGAGGGAGGGAGAGGCCUAAGGCCUUGCUUACGGCGCUGGGCCUGUUUCCCUCUGUGAAAUGCAGUGAGGCAGGCCUGCAGGGAGGGAGUGCAGGUAGGAUCCUGGUCCUCAAAGCAGAGGGAUUCUGCUCCACCACUUUCAGCAUGUGCAGGGAUAAUGACCUCCCCUUCUCUUCUCAUUUUCUGGUGCUGGGUCCCUGACCCUAAAGUCAAGCUGCCUGAUCUGACCUGACCUGCAAAGACUCCUUGCCUCAGUUCUAUCCCGAGUCCCUUGCCCCUCCCAUGUCCUGAGUGGGAGAGGAGCCACCUGUUCCCACAAAAGUGUGUGACACCAGGAGAUAAACAUGUACCGGCCAAUAAAGGCCCCCAGCCUGGUCUCCGUGUAUGCUUAAAUGGGGACAGCUGGGCAGGGUUAGGAGCUUUUUCCCUUUUAGUGGCCUUCAUUGCCCACCUGCAAAGCUGGGCAAUAGGCUGGCCUGCACAGGCUGAGGGCGCCAGGAGUCCCCUGAGCAGCUGGGCCAUGGGUGAGAACAGAGACUAGACUCCCCCUUGCCAGGUGUCCACCAAUGGCUGCAGCUUGAGUCCCUAUCCUCAAAUAAAGUCAGCCGGGGAGCAAGGAGCUGCCAGAACUUGGGGCAGCUUCCUUCUCACCUAUAAAAGGAAACUGAUGGCGUGACUCAGAUUUUCUAGUGUGUUUCUGGCCCCCAACCAGUGACAACGUAAGUGGCAAGGUGGCUGGCUGUGGCCCCUCCACUGUGGCCCUGGCUGGGAUACAGCCCCCACAGAAGCCCAGAGUGCAGACUGCUCCAGGACAUGAGGCUCCCUGCUCCACCCUUCAAAGUCCAGCUUCUUCAACCCCCCACCCCCUCUGCCCUCCUGGCUCCAGUCUACCUCCCCUCCCUGGGCAGGGGGCAAGAACAGAGAGGGGGCCAGGAAGGAGGAGCUGCUGCUUCAAAGCUGAGGAAGCUCCCCCACUGCACUCCCGCCCAUUGCUUCCUGCCCAGGGGACCCAGCAGUGCUGGGAAACAGCAACGAAGAAGGAGCCUUGGCAAGAGGGUCCAGCCCAGCAAACACUCCGCGGUGGAGGGCUCAGCUUCUUGUAGGAGGUGUGGGGACAGUGACAUCAUGUCUCUGGAUGUCAGGAAGCUGCUCUCCCGCAGUUGGUGAACUGUUCACUGCUCACUCAUCCCUCUGAUGCCAACACAGAAGAGUCAGAAACAACUGCUGCCCCAAGGAGGUCCAGGUUGAAAAGUGAAUUGUUUUUUAUUCUUAAUAGUACCAGAGUGGGCUGCUGAAGGGUCCUCUCCUGCUCCUCCAGAGGUCCCCCUGCACCCCAGGGGGUCUCUCAGGAGACAGGGCAGGGGCUUGGCUAUACACCUGCAGGUCAGGCCUUUUGUCCCUAAGGAUCUGCCAGUGCUAGGGGGGUCCAGGACCCUCGGGAUGGGCAGAUCCACCCUUCCCUUCAGUCACCAAGGUCUCAGCGCCCACCUGCCCCCCAACCAGCAGUGUCACAGCGCCUUCCACACGACCUGUGGCUGCCAGUGCCACCACUGCCUGCUCUGUGGGGAAGCCCAUGCGCUCCAGCUGCUGCAGCCUGUGAGAUGAGACAGGGAGGAAGUAUGAAGGUCAUCUCCAGCCCUCACACCAGGGUACCCCACUCCUGCCCACCCCACCUUACCGCAGAGAGGAAACCGAAGACUUAGGCAGCCAUAGUGGGCUUUCCAGUCCCUGCGCAGGCCCCUCAAGGAGUGAGGCUUGGAUCCCUUCUUGUAGCAUCUGGUCAUCCAAGGCUGCCCACAGAGGGGUCCCUGGGGGGAAGCUGGGCCCGGCCCAGGCCAGGCCCAGCUCUGAUGAGCCCUCCCAGGUGUGCUGCACAGGUUCCAGACCUGGUGGGUAUGGGGCUGAACCUCCUCCUUGGGACCAGAGGCUAGAGGAGGCCAUGUUAGGAGGUCCAAGGGUAGGCGGCCUAGAGGGGCAGAAGAAGGCAUGACUGCCAGCCACUGCCACAGCUUCCACCACCAGGGCCAGUAUGCUUGGCACUGCCCUCACCUCACUGCGGCAGGAUGGGUGACAGGCAGCUCAGCCAGGCUUCCUGGGGUGGGAAGGAACCUGAGUGGCCACCAUCCGGCCAGGGUCCUGCAGAAGAUGCCCUCUUGUAGCACCUGCAGCCGCUGCUCCGAGGGCUCCAGCCACCAGAAGGCCCCAGCUGCAUCUGUCUGCCCAGGACAGGGCGGCUGGUCAAGGAAAACCAAAACCAGCCAGGGUUAACUCACACUGUAUGGCUGGCCCUUUACCAAGCAUGAGAUGAGCAUUCCCUAAUGUCUCCUCGCUAAGGCCCUGCAAGGGAUGUGUCAUCACCCUAAUCUGCAGCAGCAGAGGCUCACAGGAAAAGGGACCUGCCUGAAGCUACUCAGACAGUAAAAGCUGGAACUGGAUGUGCCUCACCCCAAAACCUGUCUCAUCCUGUUGCCACCCUCUGCCCCACUCCUCCCAGAGCCCUGUGAGCUGCUCAGGUUCUGUGGCUUAGGAACUCCUGACAGGGCCCACUGAUACCCCUCUCUAGUGCUCUCAGCCAGGGUGAUAUGCUACCUGGGCAGCUGUGUCCCCAAUCCUAUGUAAGUCCAGUGAGUCAUCUUGUGCCCACUGUUCUCUCCAACUGCAUUAUUCUCUUCAACAGACAUUAAGCAUCUUGGAGCAAGAGCCUAUGCUUAAUACGCCUGUGCCACCAGCCCCAGGUUACCCCUUUUCAGUGCCCAGAGGACCCCAGGUUCACUCUCACCCCUGGCCUUUGCACUUGGUAACCAGUGUGGCCCAUUCACCUUUUUUACUUCUCUUUACCUGAACCCCUCAUCCUACACAUCUCAGCUCAGACACGACCUCCAUUGGAGAGGUCCAGGUUAGGUGCCUCCUUGGGCCACCAACCAGGCCUCCUUUAAUUUGUAUGUGGCACCUCCAUCUGCCGAGUCCCCAGUCUCCAGCCCACAGUCUGGUCAGAGAGGACUCCGCGCUGCUCCUGGAAGGUGAGUACACAGCUUUCCAACAUUGUUAGCCUGACCCCUUGGUCCACUUCCUUCCUAGGCACCCUACGACCCAGACAUAUAACCCAUCCACGUGGGCCUUGGGCCCAGGCAAAGGAUACAGGCCAAGCCAGAAAGGAGGCCACAGAAGAGCUGCAGGAAGGGUGGCUCAGAGCUGAGCAGCGGUGUCAGGGCGAGCAGCAGCCACGGCAGCAG